CUGGACUUGUGUGUUUUACGUGCUGCUGACAGGCAGCAAGGAAUUUGCCGAUUUCUCACUCAAGUCUUUGCACCUACUGAGGACUUCCAAGCUUGAGAUGAGAACCUUAAGAGAUACAGCUGUGUCCUGCCUCCUAUGCUGGCCAAUUAGAUGAUUCCAGGAAGCCCAAAGAGAAGGGUGUGAAGGAAACAGCCUGCCCCCCAGUCUUGCUCCCCAGGAACAAGUUUUCAGCAAUAUACGGCCUCUGUGCCUGGAGGAUCACUUCAGACCCUGCCUAGUUUUCAAACAAAAUGGAAGGUUGCUAAAGAUGACAGGCAUUAAAAAACCUAUAUAAAUAACAUUCCCCAUUAAGAUGAAAAAGUUUGCACCAAACCCCCAAACUGUAGUGGCCCAUUCAAGAACAGCCAUUGCAAAACUAAAACAUGAAAGUUAAAGGGGGAGGGUAUCAGCCAAAGCCCCUUUUAAGCACCCACUUUUUGACCAAUUGCCUAAAGUGAUGCAGGGAUGCAGCCUGGUCAGGAUGGCUCUGUUCUGCCUCCACUGCCAGAGGCACCCAACGCUUCUGAAUACCUGUUGUUGGGAAGUGCAGGUGGGGAGAGGGCUCUUGCGCAGAGGGCCAGCUUGCAGGCUUCCCACAGGCAUCUGACUGGCCGCAGUGAGAACGGGAUGCUGGCCUGAUCCAGCAGAUUCUUCUUACCUUCUUCUGUUCAGUUAUGAUUCAGGACUUUGUGGGAAAGGCAACCUGGUAUAUAUCCACUCAGAUUAGGUCUUUAAACACAUGCCCCUUAGCAAUAACUGCCUCAGUCCCUUGGUUCUAAUAUCCUCUCUCCAUUUCUGAGCUGCUCUUAUCCUUGUUUGUCAGCUGAAUAUAUUACUUCCUUUUUUUGGGACUGUUUGUACAACCAGGCAUGGAGAACAAAGGUAGCCCUUCCCCUCCAGCUAACUGCAUUGAAAUGAUAAUGUAAAAGUCCAGUGACUUUCCAAGGCAGGCCGCCUUCCUAUCUCUGCAACAGAAUGGAAAU